AUGCCUUCGCUAGCCGGGAAGCCGAUCGGCCACAAUGGCCUGGGACUCAUGCGUCUAACGUGGAAAGACGAUGUGACACCCGAUGAGAAAGCCUUCAAGAUUCUCAAGGCAGCUCUUGCCGCUGGCGUCAAUGUCUGGAAUGGAGCCGACUUCUACGGCACACCCGACAACAACUCUCUCCACCUCAUGAAUCGCUACUUCACGGCCUAUCCGGAGGAUGCGGAAAAGGUUGUUCUAACCAUCAAAAGUGGUAUUAAGGAUAUGCGAACUUUCACGAUGGACUGCUCCCCCGAGGCAGUGCGGGAAUUCGUGGAGCGCGCAAACGUCAUACUAGACGGGAAGAAGAAAAUCGACAUCUUCGGCUGUGGACGAGUCGACAAGAACGUGCCAAUCGAGGAUACUGUUGUUGCAUUGGCAGAGCUUGUGAAAGAGGGCAAGAUUGGUGGCAUCCAGCUGAGCGAAGUUAGUGCCAAUACCAUUCGGCGCGCCGCAAAGAUGGCGAAGAUCGACAUGGUCGAGGCUGAAAUUAGCCUGUGGGCGACAGAUGUCUUUGAAAAUGGCGUCGCCGAGACCUGUGGUGAGUUAGGAAUCCCUAUGAUCGCUCAUACUCCUCUUGGAGCUGGUAUGCUUACCGGGCAGAUCAAGAGCCUGGAUGAGAUGCCUGCGAACGACUACCACCGGUUCUUCCCGCGCUUCCAGCCCGAGAAUUUUGAGACCAAUUUGCAGCUAGUCGCGAAGCUUGAUGAAAUUUCUGCGAAGAAGUCAUGUACAACUGCUCAGCUUGCGCUCUCUUGGAUUAAGGUUCAAAGUCAUCGAGACGGUAUGCCGGUCAUCGUGCCUGUUGCUGGCGCUAGAUCCGAGCAGAGAGUAAUGGAGAAUGCGACGGAUGUUCCGCUGUCCGAUGAGGAUAUGGCUGAGAUUAAAGCCAUUCUGGACAAAUUCCCCGUUGCAGGAGAUCGCUAUCCACCUGCUGCUGCAAAGCUUACAGAGUAUUAA